AUGUCCGACAAAUUCCACAAAGCCCUCGCGGCCAUCGACGCCGCGCACUCGGAAGACCCAAACCUCAAGAAGAUCGACGACAACAGCGACAACACAAUCCCUUACGAACUACACUAUGCCCAAAAAAUGACCUCCUACCUCAACGCCUACAACGCCAACGCAUCCGAACUCCUGCGCCUCGCCAUCCGCGCCCAGCACUUGCGACGCUGGGAAGUACCGCGGUCGUCCUACCCAGCCACAAAAGCAGGCUAUUUCGGAUGGCGCACAUAUCUGAAAAACAGACAAGCCGAGCUCGCACAGGAAAUGUGCGCUGCUGCGGGGUAUAGCCAACCAGAAGCAGAGCGAGUAGCUGCGCUGGUGCGCAAGGAAGGGUUGCGACAGGAAGAACAGGAAACGCAGACGUUGGAGGAUGUGGCGUGUCUGGUGUUUUUGGAUGAUCAGUUUGAGGCGUUUGAGCAAGAAAUCAAUGAUGAGGAGAAGAUGGUGGGGAUUUUGAAGAAGACGUGGGCGAAGAUGUCGGACAAGGGACGGGGGAUGGCGCUGCAGAUUACUAUGAGUGAUCGGUGUAGAGGGUUGGUGCAGAAGGCGUUGGCGUGA